UGUAGUGUGUACCUAUGUACACUAACAUUGACUCGCUGUCUCGAAAAUGGUGGCUAUGCAACGACCUUCCUUCCCCUCCAACGCCAAUCCACGGACCUUGGACACGGUUAUCGUGGUUUGGGAUUUAAUCUCUUGAAAUGUAGCUAGUGCAAGAAUUACAGCAACUUCAGCCAAUCAGACGCUACCAUCUGCCUAAUUGGCUGGUGCCUACACUAGAAAGAACUCGAUUGAAGGAGCAUCGUUGCCCGUUGGACUUAAAAUCUGGUGUAAAAUUAUUCUCUAAUUUUUAUGUGUAUCUCAUAAUUUGUUACUAUGAAUGACUCUGAUGAUGUUAUGACAAGCAUAUACAAUACGUUGUUACACUUACGAUAUCCGCACAUUACUAACACGGAAUCAAAGGACUUGGAGGCAACGAUUCUCAGUGGUGAAAAUCGGGUUUGUUUACUUUCUUGGCUCCUGACAGAAAAGUCGCCGUCGCUUGGCAUCAAUUUGGAAAAGCUGAAAAAUGCUGCUUUGGAAGAUCAAUUAUUCGAGUACUACUCUCAGAUUGGAAUCUGCAACAACAAGAAUGUAUUACUGGGUAAAUGUUCCUUUAAGGAGCAACUGCCAGUUUUAAGAUUAUUGUUAGACUUUAUGAAAAAAGUAUACAUGGAACCUUUACCAAGUACAAGUGAGACGGAAGAAACACUUACAGAUAUUAUUAAGUUGUGCAUUGAUGAUGCUGAACAGGCUUCCUCCUCUCUAGCUGUCAUUAAACCAAAAAUAAGUUAUGCAGAAGCUAAUAAAUAUAUUGAGGAAAGUGAAAAAGAGAUGUUGAAUAAUGAUUGUGAAGAAAUUAGAAUAAAUUUGUCUGAAGACUUACACGUAGAGACUGAUAAUAGAUUGGUUAAUGAAGAACAGGAUGCACUGUUUGAUAAAGAAAAGGAAAGAUUUGUGGAAGCAUUUCACACAGUUUCAUCUUGGCCAGUAAAAGUGAGGAGUUUAGAUAAAAAUAUUUCUGAUUCUAUUUGUUCAAACAUUAAAACCAUCUGCUCUGAUUUUUCUUCUUUGAAAAAGGUACUACAAGCAAAAGAAGAAAUAUCUCACGUAAAAUUAGCAAAGGAAUUACCGAAGACUGCCACACCUUUAAAUGCAAUUAUAGAAGAUAUAGUCAUUUAUAAUGAGGAACUUGAAAAUCUGAUAAGCAAUGGUGACGAAUGAUCUUACAAUAUUUAUACUCUUGUAGUUUUAUAAUUGUUUAGUAAUAUUUAUAACGUUCCAAACACAAAUUUUGUAACAUAGAAAAAGGGAUUAUCUAUUUAUAUAAUUGUACCAUAAAUACAUGGAUAUUAAUGUAGAGGAAAAUACUUUGAUAAACUUGAAAUAAAAUGAUUACAUGGAUUUUUAA